UUAUAAUAAUUACAUUGUUGAAGUUAAAAUUGUUCACACUCAAUAAACACUAAAUAAAGGAAACACUUAAUUGAGUUAAUUCAAAGUUCCUGAUCUUGAUAUUAUCGACAGCAGUCUAGAUACGGUAAAUAUAGCGUUUUCACUGAUCGAAGGUUGUUAGAAAAUGUGGAAGCGUGAUGCAAGGCUCGGAGCGGACACGGUCGGCGCGGGUGCAGCCGCUCCAUAUCCUCUCCACGACAGGACGCGGAGGUGUCAAACAAUCGUCUAUAAAUUAUUCAGCUUUGCCACAUACGUACCAGUACGUUUUACACACCAGGUGGACACAGCGCCUCGCAAAAAAAAUGAAUUUAUAUUUUGCGGUAACUUGCCUUCUUGCCUUAACAGCAGUAAGCAAAGCUGAUGGGACGUUAGACGGACUGAUCUACGCCCCAGGGCAUUCCUCCGUUGAUUACUAUGCGUACCCAAGCUAUGCCUUCGAAUACGCAGUAAAAGAUCCGCACACCGGAGACAACAAGGCGCAAUGGGAAAAACGGGACGGAGACUCAGUUAAAGGUGCGUACUCACUCGUGGAGCCCGACGGUAGCAUUCGCGUUGUCGAAUACUGGGCGGACGCGAAGUCCGGCUUCAACGCUGUAGUGAAGCGCGUGGGACCCAACCUGCACCCCGUUGCAGCGCCCAUAUAUAAGGCGCCGAUUCCUCUGCUGAGCCACGGACCCGCCGUUGCCCCUAUCAGCGUGGGCUCGGUGGCUAAUAUCGAGGCGCUAGCCAGCGCGCCUAUAGACAGCGGACCGGCCUAUAGUGGCGCCGUCUCCUCAUCGGCCGUUUACAAAGCUGCACCGGUCGUUAAAUCGGCACCGAUAGCCCCAAUCGCCCCAAUCCUACCGGUUCCCAUUUACAAAACUCCCAUCAUACCACAACCUAUUAUUACUGAAUCUUAUGAGAAGGCACCCCUACGCCAUCCGAUCGUAGUCCAACCUAUCUACAAAGCAUUACCUAUUCCGGCUGCACCUAUUAAAGCUGCGCCUUUAUUAGACCAAGGUUUGUUAGCUCCAUGGCCGCUUCUAAAAGGUACUGACUACCUUUCCGCGGUCUCAUUGGGAGAUUACUUGUUGAAAGAUUCUCUGCUAGCGGGUAAUGGAUACGAUCUUGGCUAUGAUGCUUAUGGACAAUCAUGGGACGGCUUGGGCUUAGGGUAUAAACACUGAUUGGAAAGAUGAGACAGUCUGAAGCAUCAUAGUUAGCUGCCGCUACCACUAUCUUUUGUACCUAGUCCCUUCUUCAUUAGAGUAUUAGUGUAAAAUUGUGUAAUGUUAAGAUAAUUAUGUUAUUUAAACUAGUGGAAAAUAAAACUGCAUUGAUGACAUCGGCCAUUGUGUGGUGGA